CUCACGAAUGCCCUGUUAAUACCACCAAGCCGCUCUGAGGAGCUGCUGACGUCAAGGCGCGUCGCCAAACUUCGCGAGGCCGUAACCUGGCGUCACCCAUCACCCAGACCAGCGCGCCCGUCACACCAGCCACCAUGUCUUCCACCAUCGCCGCCUCCUCCCCUUCCUCGCCAUGCCCCUACGUGACCACCGUCGUCCGGCCCGGCGGCAUCGCCGUCGUCACCAUGGCCAAGGAGCCCGUCAACAGCAUGGACCUGGCCAUGUGGCGCGGCCUUGAUGCCGCCCUCCAAUCACUUGAAGCCGACCCCUCGGUGGUGGCCGUCGUCUUCACCUCGGGCCUGCGCCGCGACGUCUUCUCCGCCGGCAACGACCUGCUCGAGCUGUACGCGCCCAAGACCAGCGCGGCCCGCUACGCCGAGUUCUGGGUCGCGCAGAACGCCUUCCUGGUGCGCCUGCACCGCAGCCGCCUCGCCACGGUCGCCGCCAUCCGCGGCGCCUGCCCGGCGGGCGGCUGCGCCAUCUCGCUGUGCAGCGACGUGCGCAUCAUCACGCCGGAGGGCACCAUGGGCUUGAACGAGGUGCAGCUGGGCAUUCCCGUGCCUAAAUUCUGGGGGCUGCUGAUGGGCCGCGUGAUUGGGCAUAAGGUGGCAGAGGGCAUCUUGCUCAGCGGGCGCAUGGUGGGCGCGGCCGAGGCGGCGCAGCUAGGGUUGGUGGAUGACGUUGUGCCGGCGGCGCAGCUGAUGGAGGAGGCGAUGUCGCGCGCGGCAGCUGCAGCCAAGCAGCCGCCGGCGGCGCGCGCUGCCACGAAGCUGCUGCUGCGGGAGGACUUCUGCAAGGGCUGGGAGGCGUACUACCCGACUGAGCCCGAUUUCGGCUGGCGCUUCCUCAGCAGUCCCUCGACAAUCAAGGUGCUGGAGGGCGCUAUGCGGCGGCUGUCCAGCAACAAGGACAAGCAGCAGCAGAAGCCUGCAUCCAAACUGUAGUGUCCAGCGCUGACUAUUGCUUUGCUGGUGCUUCGUCUUUCGUAUGUUAGUGCUGCGUUAGUCUCGUGUGUGCGGCAAGGGUUGUACAAAGACAUGUCACUUGUGACGAACACGAGCGUGUAAGUGUAGAUUAUGUGUUGCGGCGAUGUACAUUCAUACUUACGGUAGGGGGUCUGGCUAUCCAGGCAACUGUGUAUACUUCGAACUUCCGGUGUGCAGGUGUUUCCGCAUACAUAUUCUUUUGAUGGUUAAGGAACUUGGCUGCAUGCAAUUAGCUCAUGCAAGUACCAAUCAGGGGCGAGGGACAUGGAGGGCAUGGCAGACGUAAUGCGUCCUGCGUGCACAUGACUGUGCCAUGAAUGGCAAUGCUUGCGAUUUUAAAUCACAUGGAAU